AUGGUGAUGCUGUUAUGGAUUACAGUGGUGCUUUUUAGUCACAAUUCUGCACAAAUGAACGCUGUCAAUCAGCCGAACUCAGUGAUCACUGCUGCGUCUGGUGAUAACGUCACUCUACACUGCUUUCAAAUGAAAGAAGGACACACUGAAGCCAUCAUUUGGUACAAACAAGCAGUAGGACACGAGCCUCGUGUAAUGGUCACAGCUCAUAAACUAGCACAGAAUCCCAUUUUUGAAGAUGAGUUCAACUCGCCGAGGUUUACUGUUGAGAAUUUAAAAGAAAGCUGCCAUUUGAAAAUUACUAACGUGGAACCAUCAGAUGAAGCCAUGUAUUACUGUGGAUUAAAAAAGUUUGUAACAUUGUUUGGAAAAGGAACAUUUUUAUCAGUAAAAGGUGAUGAAGAUAUGAAAGUCUCAGUGUUGCAGAGCAGCGUGUUGGACUCGGUUCCUGCAGGAGCGUCAGUGACUCUGCAGUGCUCGGUUCUCUCUCAGAGCAGAGCAGCAGAUCUCCAAGUGCUCUGGUUCAGAGCUGCUCCAUCACAAUCCCAUCCUCAAAUCAUUUACACUCAUCACAACAGCAGCCAUCAGUGUGAGAGCAGCUCUUCUACACACACCUGUGUGUACAGCUUCUCCAAGAACAUCCUCAGCCUCAGUGAUACUGGCACUUACUACUGCGCUGUGGCCGUGUGUGGGAAGAUCAUUUUUGGGAACGGGACACGAGUACAAUUAAUAGAAUCUGUGGAUCCUGUAGUGAUCUGCCUCGCGGUAGCUUUGGGAGUGUGUGUCGUUGUGAUCUCUGUUCAAGUUAUUUUAUUCUAUAACAGGAGAAACCAUGAACAACACACAAAGAGAGAAAGCACUGUGAAAAGGCCUGAACAAACAAGCACUCAGGACCAUGACUCUGUAGAGAUGAAUUACGCUGCCUUACAUUUUAAUGAAAAGAAAACCAAAGGAGGGAGAAAAAAGAGAGGACGGCCUCAAGACACUGUGUACUCUGAAGUCAGAUCUCUCACCAUUACUUAGAUUAUACAUUUUCAAUAAUUUAUUUUGUUUACUAGAAUUUUAUUUGUUUUUGAGACUGUUCAGGAAUAAAGUUUAACUGGUGGUCUGCUCAUCUCAUUUUAAUAUCAAAGACUCACAUCAGAUAAAUUGUGAUAUUACCUGUAUUUCUAUGUUUAUCAAUUAAGAAAGGACUGAUGAAAUGACAAAAAUAGGACUGAAGAUUGUAAAUCAGAAUGGGAUGCUUAAG